AGCUAAAUAGCGCUCUUUUAAUUAAUUUCAGGACCGCCUCUUCUUCGUCAUGGAAUAUGUAAAUGGAGGAGACCUAAUGUUUCAAAUCCAGCGCUCACGCAAAUUUGACGAACCUCGAUCCCGCUUUUAUGCAGCAGAGGUCACAUCAGCACUCAUGUUUCUCCAUCAGCAUGGCGUCAUCUACAGGGACCUGAAACUGGACAAUAUUCUUCUGGAUGCUGAAGGGCACUGCAAGCUGGCUGACUUUGGAAUGUGCAAGGAAGGGAUUCUGAACGGAGUGACAACCACAACCUUCUGUGGCACGCCUGACUACAUAGCUCCAGAGAUCCUCCAGGAGUUGGAAUACGGCCCGUCAGUGGACUGGUGGGCUCUGGGCGUUCUCAUGUACGAAAUGAUGGCUGGGCAGCCCCCCUUCGAGGCUGACAACGAAGACGAUCUCUUUGAAUCCAUCCUUCACGACGACGUCUUGUAUCCUGUCUGGCUCAGUAAAGAAGCCGUCAGCAUUUUAAAAGCCUUCAUGACAAAAAACCCCAACAAGCGGCUUGGCUGCGUGGCGUCACAGAACGGGGAAGAUGCGAUCAAGCAGCAUCCGUUUUUCAAGGAAAUUGACUGGGUUCUUCUGGAGCAAAGGAAAAUCAAGCCCCCCUUCAAACCUCGGAUUAAAACCAAAAGGGAUGUAAAUAACUUUGAUCAAGACUUUACCCGAGAAGAACCAGUAUUAACUCUAGUGGACGAGACAAUUAUAAAACAAAUCAAUCAAGAAGAAUUUAAAGGGUUCUCUUAUUUUGGAGAAGAGCUACUGCCAUAGACAACAUUAGGCUGACAGAUGAAUGAUGCUGCAAGUAGUGAUUCUGAAGAGAUCGUCAAAUUACUGAGACUCAGUAGAUCAAGAACUACUUCUCUUACCCUGAGCCCAUAUCCCCAAUUAAACUAUAUAUUUAUUGUUUUUUUCUUUAAUCUUCUGACCUGAAAGCACUCUUAAUUUCUGUCUCAUGAAGCAAUGCAAAUGCAAAACAAUUUUGUAUCAGAAAUUGUAGAUGUAACACACUGCCGUGUAUUUGCAACUUCUUUUCUGUUCCUAAGAUCUCCCCAGAGGACAAAAUUCCAUCUUUUUCAUGGAAAAUGGAACCUUGCUAUUAAAAAAUUGGCAGAUCAUGUUAUUUAAUUGUCAUACAUAUUUAAACUAAGAAGGUGACAACAGUUUUGCCCGCACCGGUGGUUACGGUGAGAUCUCUAGAUAUGGAACAUAUAAGUAAUAUAUUGCCUUCUGGUAAGUGAAGAAAUCCACCUUCUUGGAGG